GUUAAGCGGUACCGUCACGUGACCGAUUUCGUGUGCCAAUCACUUUACUGUCGGGAAUUUUUUCGGUUUUCAAAAAUGAAGUAGCUAACGUUAACUGGCGUGGAGAUGUUUACGGAGGUAAACACCAUAACUUUAGUAGGUAAAUUAUAAAUAAACUAAUACAACUUAAGGCUAAAAUGGAUGGCAGAAUGAUUGGACCUGGACCUUAUAGGGCGACGAAAUUGUGGAAUGAGACCAUCAAGCUCUUCCGUGGUGGAAUGCCAGUCAGACGUCACUGGGCUCAUUUCAGGAGUUAUGACCACAGUUUUACAGGAGCCGAGGCUCUCGACUUCCUCCACGAGCUGCUCAGACAAAACCAGAACUUUGGACCCGAGGUGACACGCUACCAAACACUCAAGUUACUCCGAAAAUUCCUUAAAAACCACGUCAUCGAGGAUGUCAAAGGACGAUUUGGUAAAGAGGACUUUGAGGACAAUGGACAUUUAUACAGAUUCCCCCCACAAUCACCUCUGAAGCCUGUUCCUGUGCGUCCACCUGUAGGAGAUCACAGCACAUUACCCAGAAUGCCACGCUGGGAUGACUUUGAUGAGAUCCCAGUGCCAGAGAAGAUCCCAAUGAAGCCUCUUAUGAACUCGGAGUCGUGGAACAAGAGGCACAGCAUCGCCAUCGGUGAGGUUCCUGAAUGCCGUUUAAUCCGGAGGAGGGAAUUAACCCCCAAACACGUGGACCAGAUAUGGAAGUCAAUGACGCUAACACAUUUACAGACUGUUUUGGGUCUCCAGUCUCUGGAUGGGGUUUUAGACGGCAAAAUGCUGAGCCCCAAGCACAUCGUUCACAAUGUGUUUGGUGUUAACAAGCAGGGGAUUGUGGUGCUGAAGAACAAAGCAGAGGACUUGCCUUAUUGGGUGUUAUCUGCAAUGAAAUGCCUUGCAAACUGGCCCAAUGGGAAUGACGCCAGGCAGCCCAUGUAUCCGGGGUUCGAGAGAGAUGUGUUCAGGACAGUGGCAGAGCAUUUUCAGAGAUUGAAAGAGCCACUUUUGACUUUCCAUCUGUAUGAAAUAUUUGUCAGUAUUUUGGGGCUCCUGCAGCAGCAGUCGGUUGCGGUUGAAGCGCUGCAGGUCUGCUGUCUCCUGCUGCCUCCAGCCAACCGUCGUAAACUGCAGCUGUUAAUGCGUCUGAUGGCUAAAGUCUGUGCCAACCCCUCUCUCCCCCCUCUGAACGACACCAUAGGAGCCCGUACCCUGAUGGUCCAGACCUUCUCCCGGUGCAUUCUGGGAUCUGCGGACGAGGUGGACUUGGACGAGCUGUUGGCCACCAAACUGGUCACGUUCAUGAUUGAUAAGCACGAGAGUGUGCUGAAGGUGCCUUCCAACCUGCGGAAAUCUGUCGAGGAGCAUCUGUCUCACCUCAGAAGAGCUCAGAUAAAGUAUGCAGGUGACACGGACACCUCCGCGGCGUCUCCACCUCACUCGUUCUGCAGACAGAUCAGCAGGGAGGAGUUUGAGCAGCAGAGGGUCUCUGGAUCUCAAGGAGCCAUCGUGGAACUGCUGGAGAACAUCAUUCAAGACAAGAACAUGUCCAUUAAAGACAAGAAGAAGAAGCUGAAGCAGUUCCAGAGAUCUCAUCCUGACAUCUACCGCAGACGCUUUCCCACCGCUGAAAGCGAGGCGGUGGUUUUCCCAGAGAGACCCCAGAGACUCAAACCUCAGCUGAUGUUCCUCACGCUGAAGAAACCCUUCCAGCCCUUCCAGAGGAGCUGGAGCUUUCGGGCUUGAGUCAGUGGUCAGUUAUGAGGCUAGUGUGACCGUGUUAAGUAUUAUUGUCAAGGAGAGACGUUACAGAAUAUUAAAGGACAUCUUGAAUCCAAAUAACACUCAAUUCAGUGAUCAGAUGGAUUAAAUAAAGUAUGAUGCUGUGCAUUGAAGUCCCCUUAAAGCAAGUCACUACAGGCAAACCCAUUGUUUUUUUGUUUUUUUUUUUAAUGCAAUGACCGAUUUUGAGAUUUUAUUACUUUAUCUGCACCUCUAGAUUUCAAUUACAGUACAUAUCCAUAUUAAUGCUGUGUUUUUUCUUUUUGUUACUGGCUGUUGGCAGUAUUUUCUGAUUUACGGCGUGAUGAAAUGAGAAAUCCCAAAUCCUUCUGUGAAAGGAAUUCUGAACCUGAAGCUUCAUAAUAUUUUCCCUAUUCACUUGCAGUGUCUUGCUAUAAGAAUGAGCUUGAAAAUUAGAAUAAAAAAAAACAACACACACAGAUCCAGAGGGCCUCCGUAGUGCUUGUUGAUUUUAUUCGUUUGAUGUAAAUAAUCUGCAACAUUUACAAUCGCUUGUGUUCUAUUUUUAAGCCGCUGUAGUUUUACCUCCAGCUGCAGGUGUCGUCUAACAGCUGCUAAGUUCUCAUUUCUGCUAAAUUAUGCUGUCACUGAUAAUCAGCCAGAGGAAAUAUGUGCCGGUCACCAGAAAAUGGCUUUUGAAAACUUCGAUUUUAUACUUUAAAUCAAUUUAGGUAUACGUCAGUGUCACAGCAGCUACUGAUGCACUACAGGCUACAUACACUGCCUUUCUGUCUUGUGUUUUUAUACUUCAGCGUCCUCUGUUUUUACUGGUUUCUGUUUUUUUUUGUUCUUUCUUUGUAUUGUAUUUGGUUUUAGAGUUGUUCUAGGUUGUCAUGUUUGAUCACGUCACGUAGCACUAAAAGCUUCACAUCUUAUCACUUGACUAUUUAUAACUGAUUGUGAUCGACUGUCAUGGUACUGUAAGUAUAUCGUUCAAAAGAUGCUGUGUAAAUCUGAUCUUCACUGAUGUUUUCUUUAAACUGGAUUUAGCUGGCAGCUGUUUUUAUGUGUUUUAAAAGUAAUGGAUUUUAACACAAGGCUGGAUUUAAUCUGGCUGGUAUCACUUUUUUUUAAAGUUUAUGUCCCCAGUGUUGUGAUUUUGUACAAAUUCUGGAGUUAUUGUUACUGAUUUGGACGUCUACACUAUGAUCACAAAUAUGCAAUUGGAAAAAAUAAAUCUUUAUUACAUGC